AUGGCGAAAAUGGAAGUGAGAAUCCUCGCAGUGUCGACAAUGAUUUUGGCAAUGUUAUUCCCGGUGGUUAAUGGACAAACGACGACAGUGGAAGCGGAAAAACCGAUCGGCGAUGCAACCGAUAACAAAGAGGUGGAAGAAUUAGGGAGGUUUCCGGUGGAAGAGAACAACAAGAAGGUUAAUCAGUUGGAGUUUGAGAAUGUGGUUCAAGCCGCCAAACAGGACACCAAAUACUUUCUCAAGAUCGAAGCUUCGGACAAGGGGGAGAAUAAGACAUUUUCUGCUGUGGUUCUGGUGCAAUCUGGAAAGAAUGAGUUGGUUAGCUUCACCUAA